AUUUUACAUGAGGGUAUGCUCCAUACUUAAUUCAGUCGGAGCACUGGCAAACACUGACCCAUUUACACACUCUUUCUGCGCUGAUCAUGAGCCAAUCUGCUGGCAAGGUCAUUGCCCUCAUCAGUACUUUGUUCCUGGCCCACUCUGCGUUUUCGACAUAUGAGCAUCUUUCGUACCUGAAAGCGGUAGAGCAAGCUGAAUCAGUCUUGCCGAUCGAGAUUGUUGUCGAAUGUUUAUUAUCAGCACUAGCAACACUGUUUGGAGUUAUCAUAUCAGCAGCACCUUUCAAAAACAUUGCAUUGGAAUCACAAAUGUCGACAAUGACCAUUGAUAAAUUUGAUACUCGGCCAUCUUUUGUCGGAUUCAACCAUCGCAAAAUCGUUUCCACACAAGGUCAGCUGGAAAGACGAUUACGAUAAACGACGUGUGGAAGAGGAUCCGAGGAUAAUCUUUGUAAUCUCUCUUAUAAUACUACUAUACUACACUUCCCACGUCAAAAUACCAAUUUCCUAUAAAAACAUAAAGUAUCGGCUAUAUGAAGGAUAUAGAUUCGAAGAAACGUGGUCAAUGGAUUAGUCAUUAACAAAGUAAUGUAUGUACAAGUGAAUGAAUAUUGGAAG